AUGUCUUCUGCAGCGAUUGGCAAGCGCAGCGCAGGCGCUGGGAGUGCUCUAUACCACGCGAAUAUACAGGAAGACUCCAACACAAGACAAUGGUCCUUCACUGCGUUUGAAUGGAUUGUGCGAGACGUGCAUAAACUCAGAGAUUUCGUAGAGGGACCGGAUACUGUAGGGACCACAGGAGAUUUUGCCCAAGAGUCUAUCCCAGACACCGAUGAAUUCGAAAUAUUGAAAGAAUCGCCUGUGAUUGGGGACGCGAAGUUCAAACUGGAGAUUGCAAAGACACCAAGCCCUGAGAUCGCUGAAGGCUCCGAUACUCCAGUCUUGAGGAUUGGUCCUCAGACGUUGUCUCUCUACGUCACUUCGCUCAUGGUCGAUUAUCCUCAUGCUGAUUACGAAAUGUCCACAUCUAUGUUCGCUGCUAUAAAAUGCCAGGAUGACAGAGUAGGCGAACGCGGAGCGCGAGCCGAAUGGGCCUGGGAAUUUUGGCAAAUCGGAUGGGUAUUUCGGCAAGAAAGCGAAGUGUGGGAAUGUUUGUUGCCACCAUUGUCAACACUUCUCGAGAACCCUCGGAUAAAGGAGACUGAUUCCUUUGUUAUAUGUGUUCAAAUGCAUUCUCCAGUAGGUCCAUUCUUUCCCCAGCAGCCAUCAGCGUACUACGUUCCCCGAGAUUUGCUCGACGGUCUUGAGGCUUCUUUGGACAAUCCUAAUACCGGCGAUGUCCAGUUCGUUUGUCUAGAGCGGAAGGACGUUAGCUCGGAGUCAUCUCAACUGUCCUCAUCUACAUCCACUUCCGAUGAGACCACGAAGCAAGUGUCUACUGGAUCGCAUACGGUCGCCCGUAAACGCAUCAUCUAUGGGCACGCAGAUAUACUCACACGUCGUUCGGAAUAUUUCGCGACAAUGCUCCGGUCGUCAUUCUCUGAGACCGCCGCAAGCACUCUUUACCCUGGCGAGCGGAAAAUAUUCACAAUUAUCGUAGAAGAAGCCGACUUCGUGACCAUCUAUUGGAUGCUUAAAUUCGUUUACGCGAAUUGGCUUCUGUUCCGUCAAGACGAUGACCCUAGGGAGGCAGUAGAUGGAAUCGGAGCAGGAUGGAGCGCUAAAGGAGUUAGCCCACCUGGAACAGCAGACGAAUGGGACUGGAAGAAAUUUCCCAAAGGCGUGACAACCGAGUCUCAGAACUCAAGUAACGUGAGCGACGCUCAUAGCGCUACUAGUGGUGGAAGUCUACCGUCAGGAAGAGGUAGCGGCAGCUCACGGGAAAGAAAUAUUCAGAAUCCAACAAGCACGACGACCUUACAGCCCGUAAAUGCGCGAUCUGUUUCCUCUUCCAAGAGCAAUUCUGCGUCGUCGCGACCGUCUGCCACCCAGCCUCGCCGAACAUCGUCAGCCGGUGGCGCGUCAUCGUUAUCUCCACCGUCUCCCGCUCGUGCAACGAAGCCCGUACCAGUCCCUAUUUCGCCAACGGGCACAUUUGCUACUCCUUCCCACUACCCGUUAUCUCCCCGCCAGCAACGCCAGCGCUCCCACCCUUCCGCCACAUCUGCUGGUGAUCCACACGCACACCCUACAUCCCCACCGCAGCCUGCAUCUGCGUUGUCAAUGUACCAAAUCGCACAUCGCUAUGCCAUGCCAGGCCUCGCCGCGCUGGCACUGGAACAUAUCAUGUCGACGAUCACCCCUCAGUCAUGUUUCGCUGUGCUGCUCGCAACAGCUGCCUGGGACGAGUUGCACUCGCUGGUAGAGGAUUACGUCGUGGAAAAAUGGGACGAUGUGUCCGGUUCGGGGGAAUUUGAGCGGUGUUGCCAAGAGGUCGCAGGUGGAGAAUGGGGUCCGGAAGGUGGGAAGACACUCAUGGCCUUGUUUAGACGGCUGCGUUCACCUAGCAUCGCGUGA